AUGAGAUACGAGGAGCCCGAAAUAGCUGUCAAGUACACCUACGACCAACUACAGGACAAGUGGAAACGCGAAAAAGUCCAGGUUACCCUCGCACAUAGUCCCUUAAUCCAAGGAAGGAUGAUGGUUUGCUACAAGAUGGUACAAGUCUCUCCGCCCAUCGAAGGAGUUCUGGUUGCAAAGAUGUUCACCAAGCAAGUCAAACCCGAGAUCUACUUCGAGGAAGCCAUGACCCAGAUGCUUGCGGACAGCUACGCUCUUGAGUUCAACAAGAGAAGCAGGAAGAGGAAAGUCUGCUUCCUACCUGUCAGUGUCUACCAAUUGCGAGAGAGAGGAGGUCAGUUAGUGAAUGUCGAGCCGUUUCUGAAAGGCGACUACAUCAAGCAUAACGACAAUGAUGGAAACGUUGAGACAGGGGAUGAGUUACCACAGGCCUUCAGCCACUUCUCAUGGGAAGCGAGCAACGGUCAGCUGCUGAUCGUCGACAUCCAAGGGGUGGCAAACUUCUACACCGACCCGCAAGUGGGGUCCGUGCAUGUCGCAUGCUGCACUCAGUUGACUGUCGUGCAGGGCAACUUGGGCAUGAAGGGGAUAGAGAGCUUCUUGAGUACACACACGUGCAACAGUAUAUGCCGCUCGUUGCGGCUUCCACAGUAUCAAUUCGGCCGAUGCGUCGAGGAGGUCGAGGAACAGCAGCUGCACAAGCAAGCCCUGGUAGACGACGACCGCAGGAGUCAGUCGCCGUUGAGAUGGAACUCAGGCAACGCCUACGGGAGAGGGCUUGAGCGUGCAGUGUCGUCCAUCACCUCGGACGACUCUCCUCCGAAAGACCGACGGGUCCGAGAACGACCUGCUUCAGGGUACUCACUCAAUGACGAGCUCGACCCGGGAUGUAAACCACCGACGGGUCUCUCAAUGCACAAGCCGAUAGCCAAGAUCGUGCGGAGAAAGAAGAAGCUGCUUGGCCUCUGCCACAUCCAUGAUGAGGGGCCGGCAGUCAGCUCCUUCGAGUUCCAGGGCCUCAGGCUGAGCAACGAGGAGCCAGCCGAAGCUCCUUCGAGCGCCUCGACGAGGAACUACAGCACCAGCAAGAAGGCCCCCUCAGCUCAUCGGUCAAAGAGAGACACCUCUCCCGUCUGGCGAGGCAACAGCGAGCAUGACUGGUAG